AUGAACAUUUCCAAAAUGCUUACUUUUUUUUUUCUGUUAUGUGCGAGUGAAAAGUUAUUUAUUGUGUGCGCUAGUCGGAUUUUGUCCUCAAUUGAAAAAGAUUUAGCUCCAUUACAAAAUAUCGAUGAUAUUUUAGCUGCAAAAGAUAGGAAAAAAAAAAUUUAUUACUCUUUAAUAUCCUCGGGCAUAUUUGUCGCUGUUGCCAUAGCACUAGGAAUUGGGUAUUAUAUAAAUGAAAAAGGAAAACAAGAUAAUUUUGAAAAAUAUACCCUAUUCAAGGAUAAGCGUUUUCAGUUUGAAGAGCCAAGAGAUGGACAAGUGCCAAGUACCAGCAGGGAAUAUGUGGAACCAGCCGGAAUAAAUAAAGUAAAUAUAAAAGGAGCACUAAUCGAAAACACAAACGAAAAUGAUGUUCCUAUAAAAAAAUUUAAUAUCUUUUUGGACAAUGCAAGGAUAGCCAUGCAGCACCAUUUUAGUAAUUUAUCGGGGCCACAACAGGCGUAUUAUGUAAAUGACCGGGAUUAUAUAAGAAUGGUUGUCCAGUCCUUGGAGGAAAGAAGAAAUGUGCAACUGUCCAGGGUGCAGGAAGACUUGGCAGUUUUGAACAUGGAGCACUUUCUGCAGAAUAUUUCGAAAGAGUAG